ACAAAUCCCCACUCAGGCACGCGAAGGGAGAGAACAUUCGUCGAACAGACGCCACCUUACAUAUGUGAAUAAAUACCUUAAUAACAAUAAUAUAUUGAGAAAAAAUGGAACUAUCUUACACAGCUAUAAAAACGGCACAUCAAGCCCGAGAGGCGGAUGAGAUGAGGAUUGAGAUGAGGAAGAAGAGCCUCCUAGUCCUCAUCUACCAACACCUGAUGGGGCAAGGCUACGUGGCCGCAGCCCUGGCCUUGGACCAGGAGAUGAACGGCGGCGUGAAGAAGUUUGAAGUUUGCGACAACAUCGAUUUGGAGAUGGUGCUGAUGGAGUACGAGAGCUACCAUUUUGUCAAGUUCCAGAAGUAUCCCAAACUCAUCAAGAGAGUGUCAGAAGCAGGUGAAAGAAAUAUAAGAAGUGUUGGUAAAAAGAGGGCACCUUGUUCAGCUGUGAGGCCUCUCCCCAAAAUCCAGACGACGACCUCUGGAGGAGCGAGAGGGAAUGUGGCCAAUGGGGAUGCACCACCUUGUCCUCUGGAGUCCACAGAAUUUGGUCUGAGUGUUUGCCCCAUCGCUCAUGGUGGGACGGCCAUAACCAGAAAGGGUCAGAUGAUUGACAGCACGGGAGCUGAAGGGGACUUGGAGCACGUGGAGCGUCUGCUGAAGCCCCUCAGUGGCUUUCCAGGAAUGAGCGGCGAGAUGAAAGAACUCGCCACAAUCAUCAGUAAGGACAUCUAUUUGCACAACCCCAACGUGCGCUGGGAGGACAUCAUUGGCCUGGAGGACGCAAAGCGAUUAGUCAAGGAGGCGGUGGUCUACCCCAUUAAGUACCCGCAGCUCUUCACGGGCAUCCUCUCUCCCUGGAAGGGCUUGCUACUUUACGGCCCCCCGGGUACAGGCAAGACCCUGCUGGCCAAAGCCGUGGCCACCGAGUGCAAGACGACCUUCUUCAACAUCUCGGCGUCCAGCAUAGUGAGCAAGUGGCGAGGGGACUCCGAAAAACUGGUCAGGGUUCUAUUCGAGCUGGCCCGAUACCAUGCUCCCUCCACCAUUUUCCUGGAUGAGCUGGAGUCAGUAAUGAGCCAGAGAGGAAGCAACACAAUGGGCGAGCAUGAGGGCAGUCGCAGAAUGAAGACAGAGCUCCUGGUUCAGAUGGAUGGACUGGCCAGGUCUGAGGACCUGGUUUUUGUACUGGCAGCAUCCAAUCUGCCUUGGGAACUGGACCACGGGAUGUUAAGGAGACUGGAAAAGAGGAUUCUUGUCGGUCUUCCUCCUGCACUCGCCCGCCAAGCUAUGAUCUCUCACUGGCUGCCUGCUGUCAACAGCACAGGGGAGGUGCAGCUCCACGCUGACCUGGACUACCAGCGACUCGGCAAGGAGAUGGACGGCUACUCCGGAUCUGACAUCAGAUUGGUGUGUAAGGAGGCCGCCAUGAGACAAGUGCGCAAAAUCUUUGCGGCUCUGGAAUCGUAUCAGGACGGAGACACAGGCAUGCCCGCCAUCAGGCUGGAAACCGUGGUCACGCAGGACUUCUUGGAAGUCCUCGCCCACACCAAACCAUCGGCCCGCGGCCUGAUGGAGAGACACUUGGCCUGGGAGAAAGAGUUUGAAUCCGUCUGACCAAACAGGCCUGACAAUAUUAAAAUAAUGCAACUGCUAA